UGAACACAUGGGGAAGACUCCAGAAGAUGUUGCCUGUCUUGCUGAUAUGCCUCCUACCAGUGGCUGAAGGGAAGAACUGCCUCCAGUGCUGGCCAGAGCUGCCCGCCCUGCUGGACUAUGACCUGCAGGUGCUGUGGGGAAGCCCGGGGCCGCCCACGGAGCUCUCACAGAGCCUACACUCCUUUUUCCUAGAGGAUAACGCCUUACUCAUGCCCGGGUAUCUUGCUCGAGACCACUUGGAAGAAGAAACAGCUAUAUUCUUCACCCACAUAGACAACGCCAUUAAGAAGCUGAGGGAUGAUAAGUCAGCACUCCUGGAAGAACUUCGUGUUCAGAAGGGUAUUCUGGCUGAAAGGCUGAAGGAGAGGUCCCAGGAGCUGAAGCAGAAGGCCUGCAAUGCUUCCUGUGACAUGCGUUCCCCAACGGAAGUCACAGUAUGUGCUGACUGCCAGACACACUUCCUGUUCUGCAACGACCCCACCUUCUGCACAGUUAAGACUGUCAGAACCUACAAGUGGGUUGUGAUUCUUGUCAGCAUCCUGAUGCUCCUGGCUGCGAUUGGCAUCGGUGGUCACUUUUUCUGGCUCCAAAGGAAGAAAAAGGCUGUGGAGGGAAGAGACAGUCAGUUACGCCCUUCAGGAAGCCAGCAGUACUCACCAGAGAGGCAACCAUAGCAGGUGGUGUCUGAAACCUAAGUCAUCUUGGCCCUGGUGACUCUCCCUGGCACAGUGUCCUCCUCCCUGGGGCCAGGGGAGCUCUGAGACUGGGGUUCUGCAGUUUUCAGACAGGACUCUCUCUCUCUCUCUCUCUCUCUCUCUCUCUCUCUCUCUCUCUCCCCUCUCUCUCUCCCUCUCUCUCUUUCUCUCUCUCUCUCUCUUCCCUUUGAACACAUAUCCUUUUGUAAAACAGCUCUUUCAUUAAAAUCACGUCUUCCUGUUU